AGAAUUACAUCAAUACAAUGGAAAGCUCUGUUGCUACUUUUCUUAUAUUUACUGUGCUACUUUCCGCUUCCUUGCUUACUGUUCUUGCAGGUACUAUGUAGCAGUUCUUCAUGGUAUCAGAGCAGGAGCUCAACACAACAACAAAUACUCCUGGUCUAAAUGGCGCAAUCCUCCACUUCCCAAGUGGCCGAGCAUUACACAGAGAACUCAACCGAGCAACCACACAUCCCCUUCCCACUCAGACUGGUCCUCGCCAACAUCAAGAAAAUAGCUCCUCUUCCUCUCUCCAACAAUAAUUAUCCAUUGUGGAAAUCACAGAUUCUGAAGCUUUUAAGGGCAAACGGGUUUGGUGGACAUCUCAACUCCAGCACUCCCAUGCCCCCGCAUCUUCUUCUUCAAUCGGACAACACUACAAACCCCAACCCUGCAUAUAACCAAUGGCUCGUCGUUGAUUAGAACCUAGCCGCAACGAUUUGCUCUACCAUAUCGACAGCUAUACUUCCCUAUGUUCUUCAUUUGGAAAGCUGUUCUGAAAUCUAGAACACCCUCGAGCUGCGCCUUCAAGUGUCCAAUCACUCACGUGUAAUUCAAUUGAAAAACAAAUUACACAACAUCUCUAUGAAGGAUCUCACAAUGCAGCAUUAUCUCACCAACAUUAAGACAUUGGUCGACAACAUAGCAGCGAUUGAAUCCAAAAUAGAUGCGGAAGACAUCAUCAUGUGCACACUCAAUGGCCUUCCACCCUCCUAUCAGGCAUUCAAAACCUCUAUCCGCACAAAGCUGUCCUCGCUCAGCCUGGAGAAUCUAUUUUCGCUUCUUCUCAGCGAAGAGAUCAACCUAGCAGCUGAACUAUCCCUGAACAGUCAUACCUGAACACACAUACGACUCUCUACACCUACAGAGGUCGCGGCCGCAGAUGAAGAGGAUGCUUCUCACCUGACAACAACAGCAGACCAUCGACUUCAUCUCCAACAGUGUGCUAGAUCUGCAACAAAUGCGGCCAUGCCGCAACACAUUGCUGGCACAUAUUUAAUGCAAAGUACAUUCCAACUCAACCAGUGGCAUCUCCCAAAGCACUUGUAGCAGACACAUCAUCUCCAUCCACUGACUGGUACAUUGACUCAGUAGCGACCUCUCAUCUCACCCCGCAUCUUGGUAACAUGCAACAACGAACUACGUAUCUCAGCCAAGACAAUGUCACAGUUGGCUACGGAGAAGUGCUUCCCAUAGCGCAUUCUGGUGCACCAACCCCAAACCGUAAGCUCUCUCUCUCCUCUAUACAACAUGUUCCAAAUCUACGACAUAAUCUCUUAUCUAUUUCCACACUUACAUCUGACAAUAAUGUCUCUAUUUCAUUCUCCUCCUCCAGUUUCAUCAUCACGGAUCUCAAGACCCACCAAAUUCUGCUACAGGGGCCAUGUCGAAAUUGCCUUUACAAAAUUAACUUGCUAGCAUCCACAUCCAAUGCCCUCUCCGCAACCUCCACCAACACUCUUCUCUGGCACAAUCACCUCGGACACUCACACAAUCAAGUGAUUCACACAAUCUGCACGCAGAACAAGCAUCUAUGCAUACCUACCUCUAGUUUUCUUUGUUCAACUUGUAUGGUCUCGAAAGGCCACAAACUUACUUUUAGUAGAUCCCAAACUAUUGUUUCAUCUGCAUUAGAAUUACUUCACUCUGAUGUAUGGGGACCAUCCCCGGUUGUAUCUCACCAAGGCUUUAAAUACUAUUUGCUGCUAAUUGAUGAGUUCUCCAAAUUUACCUGGUUAUUCCCCAUGACAUACAAAAAUGAAGUAACUCAAAUCUUCAUUAAAUUCAAAGUGCUUACUGAAAACCAACUAUCCUCAAUGCACGAAUGGGGGCUCAGAAUAUCUCAACAAGGAACUCACCACAUUUCUUCAAAAUAAUGGCAUACAUCUUCAAAUAUCAUGCCCAUACACCCCUGAGCAAAAUGGCACUGCCGAGUGCAAACAUCGCCAUAUAAUUGAAACUACUCGUGCCUUGCUCCACACAGCCGGUCUACUGCCUACCUUUUGGCGAGAUGCCGCUCUCACCGCAACUCACAUCAUCAACAGACUACCCACGACAACCACAAUGCAUACAUGACCACUACAAAUACUAUACAACCAACUAUCCAAUUAUUCCCUCCUCAGAACAUUUGGCUGUGCCUGCUACCCCUGGAAACCACCAUCACAACGUCACAAACUAGUCCCAAAAGCCACUCUGUGCAUAUUCAUUGGUUACUCCGAUUCCUAUAAAGGCUACAAAUGCCUAAACCCAAUCACCAACAAAAUUAUUAUUUCCAGGCAUCUGACCUUUGAUGAAACCACCUUCCCAUAUCACCACCAAUCCCCCACACCACAUCCACAAACCAAAUUACCCACCCAGCAACCCAAUCUCAACUUACUGACCCCUAUCUCCUCUCUAACCCGACCCACUACACCAACCACCAACCCAAUAUACCAUCCACAUACCCCAUCAACUACCUCCCUUAAUUCCGCAGUUCCCAGCACACAAACCCAACCAUCUCCACAACUUACCCCAGCUACCUCAAUAACAUCUUCUUCCCAUAUCCCACCUACCAAUUCAUCCAACCAGUCAACCAACCACCCAUUUCCAUUACCAAUACUCACCCGAUGGUCACAAGGCUUAGAACCGAUCUCUUAAGCCUAAGCAAAUUCUUGACCUCUCCCAUAUUACUCUACAUCCCCUACCCUCUUCUCAAACUAGGAUCCCACAACCUUUGCUGAAGCCAACAAACACCCCCAAUGGAGAGAUGCCAUGGCACAUGAAUUUCUAGCUCUUCAAACCCAAGGGACAUGGACCCUUGUCUCUCCUCCCCCAAAGCUUGAACCGCUAGGCUGUCGAUGGACAUAUCGAACCAAAUACCAUUCCGACGGCACUCCAGCUCGCUAGAAAGCACGACUUGUGGCUCAGGGUCAUCGCAAAGAACACGACAUCGAUUACAACGAGACAUUCAGCCCCGUUGCAAAAAUACCCACCAUUCGCAUACUUCUCACCAUUGCAUUCAACAAACAAUGGCCCAUACAUCAACUCAAUGUCUCAAAUGCAUUUCUCCAUGGUGAUAUCUCAGAAACAGUGUAUAUGAAACAAACCCGUGGAUUUGAAGACCCAUCUUACCCCCAUUAUGUAUGUCUUCUACAUAAAGCCAUCUACGGUCUCAAACAAGCUCCACGACAGUGGUUUAACACCUUCUCCACCUAUCUUAUUUCUCUCGACUUCACUCACAACAGAGCCGACCAUUCCCUCCUCACUCUCACCUCAGACAACACUCAAAUCUAUCUUCUCAUCUACGUUGACAACAUACUUCUCAUUGGUAACAAUCCCAUAUCAAUCUCUUCACUUAUCCAAAGCCUAGAUAAAAAAUUCACAAUGAAAUAUCUAAGGCUCAGCACAUACCUUCCUUGACAUUCAAAUCAAACACCUUCCAGAAAGUGUCUUUCUAUCACAGACAUCCUACGCCAACUCAAUUCUUCACCGAGCUGGCCUAUCACAAUGUAACCCACUCUCAAACCCCACCUCCACUAAGCCUGUUACAACCAAAUUCAUUGACCCAAUUCUCUUCGACCCUCAAAUCUAUCGCCAAUUAACUAGAUCCCUCCAAUAUCUCAUAAUUACUAGACUGGAUAUAGCAUACUCCGUCAACGUUCUGUGCCAGUACAUGCAUAAUCCUCAACCUCCUCAAUAUCAUCUCCUCAAAAGGCUCCUUCGAUAUAUUCGGGGAACCUCCUCCUAUGUCAUUCCUAUCUCCACCGGUCCCCUGCAUCUGACAUCCUUCUCCGGCGCCGUCUGGGCAAGUGAUAGUAUGUCUUGCAGAUCAACAAUAGGUUUCUGCUCUUUUCUAGGAAACUCCCUAGUAUCUUGGAGUGUAAAAAAACAACAUACAGUCGCUCGGUCCUCCACCGAGGCUGAAUAUAGGGCUCUAGCUGCAGCGACUGCUGACGUACUUUGGCUUCGCCGCCUCCUGCAUGACUUCGACAUCUCCUUACACAGUCCAACUACCAUCUUUUGUGAUAAUGUGUCGGCCAUCACCCUAGCCAACAACCUGGUGUUUCAUGCACUCACCAAACACAUCGAGAUUGAUCAACAUUUUAUUCGAGAUCAUAUUCACAACAUAGAUAUCUCAGUUGCCCCCAUUGCCACAUAAGACCAAAUAGUUGUGUGCUUACUAAGACACUGUCUACACCCAAAUUUCUCACAUUGCGGCUCAAAUUAAUAGUUCAACAAGAACUAUCAAUUUGCGGGGGAGUAAAGACACACAACUCUACUACCUCUGCCACAGUACUGCUACCGGCCCAGGAUACAUCCAUCCAUCCAUCCAAAUAUAACAAAUCAAACAACAAUCCACAACCUACAUGUGUAAAGCCACAAGCCUAUAUAUACAUCAUGUAUUACACAACAAUAAUAUGAGAGAAUCACAUCAAUUCAAUGGAAAGCUCUGUAGCUACUUUUCCUAUGUUUAUUGUGCUGCUUUCCGCCUCCUUGCUUACUGCUCUUGCAGGUACCAUGUAGCAGUUCUUCGGUAUCUUUGCCAUCCCGGUCUUCAUGCGAACUGUCCAAAAUGGUUAGGCGUGUUAGCCACGGUAGUGAUGGUCUGGUGGCAGUCAACAUUGCUUUAUACUAGGAAUUUGAAAUCAAGAAAAAAGUAGUCAAAUGUUGGUUUCAUUUGACGGGCUCCCUUUUGGCAUUUAGUAAUAAAUAAAACUGAGGACAAUUUUUUUUCCCAGAAAAUCCCCUAUUCUUCUAGCAGUGGGACAAACAAUUUUGUUGCUUUACUCAUUGAAUGUCAAAACUGCAAAAGGUAAGCAGCAUAUAUGAAUUUUUAUUGGUAUCAAUAUUAAAGCCAAAGGAUCAGUAUCAUCUGCUUUAUCCCAACCACUUGUGGUCAGCUUUAUGGAUCCUCCUGCAUUCAUUUAUGCCUAGCAAAACAAGUGGUGUCAAAUUUAGUUUACACAGGGAGAUUGCAAGAUUGAUAGGGAAGCACAUGGAAGAUGUGGGUGCUGAGGUUUAUUAUCAUAAAUUCAAAUAUCGUAAUCUUCAGUUCCAUCCUCUGUGUUUCUUCUCUUCUAUCCCUCGCACAGCAGUUCCGCAAAAUAGCAGCGCUUGUACAUUAAAUGGUGUCAGUCCUGUGGGUAUUAUACGAGCUCCUCGUGGUGAUGGAAAAGAAUCAAUUGUAUUGGUUACCCCUUAUAAUUCAGAGAAUAUUAAAUUGAACGAAGCCUUAUCACUAGGCCUUGCCUAUUCAGUCUUCUCUCUUCUUAGCCGAGUUGUAUGGCUGGCAAAAGAUAUUGUCUGGCUUGCUGCAGAUUCACGGUAUGGCGAGUAUACAUCAGUUGCUUCAUGGCUUAAGGAUUACCAUAAUCCUACUUUCUCUAGCGAUUCUGGGAAAAUUGGUAUUGAAAUGUGUUUUGAGAAAACAGAAAAUCAUGUGGAGGAGCAGUCUUCAUUUGAUGGAGCAGCCUAUGAUGAUUUUAAACGUGCUGGAACUAUGUCCGCUGCUCUUGUUGUUAAGGUCAUGGAUAAGGAAAGAAGUGAGAGGGACCGUGUUGAUAUAUAUGCCGAGGCAUCAAAUGGACAGAUGCCAAACCUUGACCUGAUAAAUAUUGUCCAUUACUUGGCUGUUCAUAGACAGGGUUUGCAUGUAAGAGUUGGGACAUUUGGCUUUUUACUUAAUUCUGCACUGCUCAAGCAUGUUGGUAAAACAUUGCAGCGACUGACCAGGCUGGCUGAAAGCUUAAAUCUUGGAUGGAAAUUGGGUGUUAAUUCUGCUGAUUUUGUUGAAGGCACUGCUACACUUGCAAGUUCAAUGUAUUACCAGGCCCUUGGGGUGCCCACUGGGCCUCAUGGUGCUUUCCGAGAUUUUCAAAUUGAUGCGAUUACCAUGGAGCUCUCGCCCAGGACUUCUCUAACUAAUGAUAAUGGCAUAUCUUCCUUUCUCUUGAGGAGUGGCAGGUUGAUUGAAGGAGUCAUUCGGUCGGUGAAUAACCUCCUUGAAAAGUUCCACCAAUCUUUUUUUCUAUACUUCUUAACAGCUCCUAAUAAGUUUGUCUCGGUUGGCGUCUACAUGAUUGCGUUUGCACUGCUUGUGGCUCCUCUUCCUAUAGUGGCCGCAGCUCUCUUUUCCAGUACAGCAAAUGCGAGGUCUUUAACUACCAUAUCGAACAAUAAGCCCACUAAUUCCAAGCCUGUAACAAGGUCUGGAUCAUGGAACUGGCUCCAUUCAGCAAAAUUGGUCUUCCUCGUUCACCUUUGGGCACUUAUUGUCUCCUUACUUCCAUACUUUGUCUCUCAAAUACCCCACACCAACUCGACAACAAGCAUGCUCUCUUGGUCUCUUUCCUCUCUUUUAAUACUGUACCUUCUAACGCGUCUCACAAAGUCAUACGUUGAAGGUUACCAAUGGGAAGUUCUGAAGUCGGUUAUGAUUGCUGCUGCUUCAAUAGGCCUAAGCCUUAUGUCUAUCAUCAACUUCUCAACUGCUCAGGUUGGAUCAAUUCUUCUUGUUCCAAUGUGUCUUAUGGUCCGGCCACUGAAGCAACCAAUACAGGUACCAAUCUUUCCCGCAGCAUUGCUCAAAAUUUUGAAUAUAUUGCUUGCAGUGGUGGCUUUUCCUCCAGCUUCAUUGGCGAUAUUGAAAGGGUGUCUUCGUGGAUUCGAGAGCAUUAACAUUGGUGAUUUUUGGGAAUGGUCCGAAUUCCUAUGGGUUUGGAAUAGUGCCACUUAUUUAUUUGUUGCUCUGGUGCAUCUUCCAUGCUGGUAUUUAUGCGUGCAUAUUCUGCUACAUAAUUGACAAGCUUACUAAAUUGAAAAUUAAGACAGAAGCAAAGACUUUGAUUUCAUAUGAACACAAUAAUUUUUCAAUUUGUUUAGCUUCUGCAGAGCGCUAAAAUCCCUCGGAUUAUUGAAGGUAUGUCUUUCAUUUGUGCUUGCCAUGCAAUUUAUAAUUAGGGUCAUGGAUUGAAGUUGGUAUGUUGUCUUUGUUGCUUUAGAUUGUUAUACUAAAAUCUAACUUAGGUGGCUGAAAUGACUUACAAAUCUUUUUCUUUUCUUUUU